GCAACAUUCACUACAGUUUCACAAAGAGAUUCUAUGAUGACCUAGUCCUAUGUCUUGGUCUCAGGAUGCUCUCUACGUGGCAUCUUUCCUCCAUGCUUUUUAUUAUGAUAUACCUUUAUCAGUAAUAAGUAUACUCAACUCAACAUUCAGUAUUAAGAAUAGUUUGAAAAUACUCCACAUUCACAUCACUCAUAACUUCUUAACUCUCCUCUCCACAAAACAAAAACAAUGCCCGCUCUCUACGUCGCAAUCUACUACCCCCGCUAUGGCAACUACCAACACUGGGCUCUCCACCUGCACACCACAACCGAAGAUCUCAUCUUCGAAGUCGACGGCGAACACCCCUCCUUCCAAAAGCUGACAUCCCGCGGCAAGCCCUCCGAUUCCGACUCCCUAAUCAUGUCACUGCUGGUCAGCGAGAUCGGGGAUCCUGAUGUGCCCACCAUCAAAGCGGCGGUAGAGGCCGCCCGCAUUGACAAUGAGACGCUUGAAUGGGAUUGUCAGGAAUAUGUGCUUGAGAUUCUGGAAGCGUGUGAGCAGGAGGCGGUGUUGGAUACGGAUGAUGAGCAUUAUGUGGAGGUUAUGAAGUUUUUAAAAUCGAAGCGGGGGCCAACACUUUGA